AUGGAGGACCAUGAAGACCCGUACGAGAUCUUGGGCGUCCCCAAGGACGCCACCGAAGCCGAGAUCAAGAAAGCAUACAAGCGCAAAGCACUGAAACAUCAUCCGGACAAGCAGUCGACAGAAGAAGGCCGAAACCAUGCGACGGUCGAGUUUGCCAAGAUUAGCAACGCCUACGAAAUUCUGGGCGAUGCCACGCAACGAGCCAACUACGAUCGAGAACAAGCCCGUGGUGGAAGUGCCAGUGCCAACCGACCGUAUUCCAAAAUGCCACGACGUCAACAAGAUGAUUUCUUUUUCCAUCAUGCGCAAUUCCACGAUCCCUUUCGUGUCUUUGAAUCCUUUUUUCGCAACGAAUUUGGAGAUGAGUAUUUCAACACUGCCUUUUCUGCCAAUGGACAACAACAGCAACAGCAGCCACGCAACAAUACUAAUAGUCGACGCAGCAACAACAAUAUGCCACAGCAUCCUUUCAAUGAUCCUUUCUUUGGAGGUGGAGGUGGUUUGUUCCAAGAUCCCUUCUUUGGCGGAGGCGGAGUUGCCAAUGAUCCAUUCUUUGGUGGCGGCGGAAUGAUGGGAGGUGGUGCAAGUCCAUUUGCCUCCAUGAACGGCAUGAUGAACAAUAUGAUGAGCAUGAACAAUAUGAUGCACAUGAACAAUAUGAUGAACGUCCAUCAGCAAUCCAUGAAUUCCAUGAUGCGACGACAACAACAGCCACAACAACAACAACCCGCAAAUCCAUUUGGACGAGGACAGCAACAACAAUCCUUUGUUUAUUCCAGCAGUUCCAGUUCCAACCUAAUGGGGGGACGGGAGAGUGUCACCAAAUCGACCACAACAAGAAUUAUCAAUGGGCGACGUCAAACCGUGACGGAACGAAUUGUGCAAAAAGCCGACGGCACGGUCGAACGACAUGUCGAGACACUGGGAGAUGACAAUUUUCAACAACAACAACAACAACAACAACAACAACCGCGUCUCUCCAAUGGAUCCAAUCGUCGUCAAGCCCUUCCAGAGGCAGCGCGUCGAGAUUCACACGGUAGUCAGAAAUCCAACAAAGACAACAAGAGAUCCUAUUACAAACGCAAACGACGAGAUUCGUCUACUCGACAGGUGCAAGAGUGA